GGCAUUGUGUGAUUUAAAUGAGUUACAUUAUUAGCUAGCUAACUAGUCACGAAUUAAACAGUUCCUACUGCACAACGUUGUUAAGCUACAUGUUGGGUAGUAAUCAAUUUAUCUGAAGCUGGACGAACAGGAUGAACGGUACACAGCAGAAUGACACAAAAAGGCAGCAUUUGUUGGAGAGGCUAUUGGAUGCAGUGAAACAGUGUCAGAUCCGCUUCGGGGGGAGAAAGGAGAUAGCGUCAGACUCGGACAGCAGGGUGAUCUGCUUAUGCGCCCAGUUUGAGGCAGUUCUCCAGCAUGGGCUGCGGAAGGGCCGAGGGCUGGCUCUCACAGCAGCCGCCAUCAAGCAGGCGGCUGGCUUCACCAGCAAAACGGAAGCAGAGCUGUCCUUCUGGCUGUACGUGAAGGAGCACCUGAACCGGCACGAGCUGCAGCGCUUCUACUCCCUGCGGCACAUCUCUUCGGAGCUCGGCCGUGGUCGUGCCUGGCUGCGCUGUGCCCUCAACGAGCACUCACUGGAGCGCUAUCUGCACGCGCUGCUGGCUGACCGCUCGCGCCUCAGUGUCUUCUAUGAAGACUGGGCAUUCAUCCUGGACGAGGAGCGGGCGAGUAUGCUGCCGACCAUGGCCGCAGGGCUCAACUCCAUCCUUUUUGCCAUAAACAUCGACAACACGGACCUGAAUGGGCAGAACAGGACAGGUCCGUCCGUGUCACAUCUGCUCAAAGAGUCGACGCAAGGGGUGAGCAGCCUGUGGAAGGAGUCCGCUCACGGCGUCAGCACCCUCCUCAGGGAGAUCAGCACUGCCACCGCUGUGGUGCCCGGUUUCAUUCCCCGCCCUGACUGCAACUCCGAUCCACUGCCCGUGCUUCCUCGCAGCGCCUCCGCAGACUCUGGUCUGAGGAAGGAACGGCGCAAGAAGAAAAAGAUCACGAACAUCAUCUCCUUCGAUGACGGGGAUGAUGCCGGGGCAGAGGAUGAGGAUGAGGGGGCAAGCCUGAGGAAGAGCGGAGGGGGACAUCACAGCUCUGAGGAAUGCCUAGGCCCGCGGGACUUGUCCCCGGCGCAGAACGGGGGCCCCGAGGCCGGAGAGCUCGGGGAGAGCUGGGACCUCAACCACAGCCACAAUGGGGUGCUGUCCCACACCAAGGGCGGGGAUAACGACGAGGAAGACGAGGAGCUGGAUGGCAAGCUGAGGCCAGAGCCGGAGGAGGACCCUGGGGCUGUGGAGCAGAUUGUGGUUGGAAGCCUGUCCAGUGUGUCCACCUAUAGCCCCCUGCAGGUGAUCGAUGACAAUGACAGUUCAGACAUCCUCAUUCCUAUGGCCUCCAUGGACACCAGCCCUCAGCCAGAAAGCGUCAUAGCGCCCUUGCCUUUCGGUGGGGAGAUCGACUGCAACACCACUGUGGUAGAUGUCACGCCAACCAGAUCCCAGCUGCAGUUCAAUAUGGAGCCCAGCCCUCCUACCCAGAAUCCUCCUCUCAGCGACAUACUCCCCACUCCCGGCCUGCCGGAGUCCAUGACAGUGGCUGAACUACGGCAAGCAAUUGUGGCCAUGAUGGGCCGGAAAGAUGAGCUGGAAGAGCAGAAUGCGUCCCUUCGCAGCCUUCUGGAUGGUGAGAUGGAGCACUCGUCUGGCCUGCGGCAGGAAGUGGACAGCCUGAAGAAGCGUCUUGCAGAGCUGGAGGAGAGGCAUGCGGCCAAGGUGCAGGCCCUUGGCAGAGAGAACGAGGUACUGAAGGUCCAGCUGAAGAAAUAUGUGGGAGCGGUUCAGAUGCUCAAGCGAGAGGGCGGACAGAGUACUGACGCUCUCCCCGUACUGAGGAACUGUGACGGCUCCCACUCUGUGCCCCAGCCCAAGUCGGUGGGUGAUGUGGAGGAGCUGGCGUCCAGCUACGAGCGCAAGCUGAUCGAGGUGGCUGAAAUGCACGGGGAGCUUAUAGAGUUCAACGAGAGGCUGUACCGGUCUCUGAUAGCCAAGGAUCACCUCAUCAGCCAGAUGCGGCAGGAGCUGAUCGAUCUGCGAGGCCUUGUUCCAGGUGACUUGAGUCAGACCUCCGACGAUCCCAGUUUAUCGGAUUUUGAAACUGCCCAGCGCGCGCUCAUCAAUGUGUGGAUUCCCUCCGUGUUUCUGAGAGGACACUCCUCCAGCACAUACCAUGUCUACCAGGUCUACAUCAGGAUCCUAGAUAAUGAGUGGAACGUGUACCGGAGAUACGCCGAGUUCCGGGACCUGCACAGCCGCCUCCGAGCCAAAUACCCCCAAGUUGACACCUUCAGCUUCCCCCCCAAGAAGGCCAUAGGAAAUAAGGAUGCCAAGUUCGUGGAGGAACGGCGGAAGCUGCUGCAGGGAUACCUGCGCAUGGUGAUGAACAAGCUGGUCCAGACACUGCCUGAAUUCUCUGCCCGGCCCACCAAGGACAUGCUGAUGCAGCUGCUGCCCUUCUGCCGGGACACCCCACAGACCAAUGAGGGUGGCAGCAAGCCAUCCCGCUCCAGAGGGUCCAGAUUCCCCAAGCUGGGCCGCAGUCAGCACCGAGAAGCCCGCAAUCCUGAGCCACAGAGCGGUGACCUUUAACCUACACCCCAUUAAAACUGACAGUGGAGACCCGGGACGUGUUCAGAAGAUGUGUUUAGAUAUCUGUGGAGCGCUGGGCUCAGAGAGCCCUGGAGACUGACCUGUAUCAUGAGUCAUACCUAUAGGACCUUUGCUGUGGAGAUGAGGACCAGAUGGAUCAGCAGCUGAAGAGCAGCUGGGUCUAGAGGUACAACAAAGUUGAGAUGGGAGUUUAACAUUGUUUGCUCCGUUAUGUGCAUAAAUAUAACUAAACAUGGUGCCUAAAGCCUUUUUUAAUGGACUUGGUUAGGGGGGAAAGAAGAACAAGCCAGUGAUGUACACAUUUGUCAUUUCUGUUGAACAGAAUAUUGCGAUGCCAACUGCAACAGACCUAGUCAUUAUUCAGUCCCACACGGGACCAAUGUGUAGAACUGCAAGCACUUGUGUUAUUAAUGCAAGAUGGUCGUGAUCUGUGUGCUACAAAUAAUGUACAAUGAUCAAAUAACCCACUUAUGUAGAGGAACAGCUUGAAUUGGCAAGUCGUCCUCCAGAUCCUGCAGAUCCUUUCUCGAAUGAGGCUGAAAUCUCUUGGUUUAACCCUCUUUAACGAGAUUUCUUUCUGGUAAGGACGCAAAAAUACUUGCUGAAGACUGACAGUAGGCGUAUGAAGGGACGCGCUUCUCUUUCUGUCCUGUGUACAUUUUUUUGACAGUACAUACCUUUCUGUAUGUCACAGAAGCCUUGUAUAUGUAUUUAUAACUAAGAAAAGGGUCUCUGUUAAUGAAUAGCCGCUGUAGGGAUGCUCAUUGCAUCGCUGCCCGUGUCCUGCAGUGGGAAAACCUGGCAUGAAAUGACCAUUCCUGACACCAGGGAUGUUUGUGCUCUUUCAUUAUUUUUAAGCACAAUGGAAAAAAAGUCUUAGGGGAACAGCAUGCCAAAUAAUGGCAGGAGGUUAGCAUGUUGUUACUCUGAAAGAAUAGCAGUGGUAUCAUAAAGUAUGUUUAAUCAAAGCAUCCUAUUGCAAAUCUAUCGGUCAAGAUCUGCAUUUUUAUUUACAGAAACAAGAACUCUAUAUAUGUCUAUCCUUGCAAGCAUCCUAGUGUCGAUUCACGAAUCGCUCAGCAUUACGCUCUGUGUAUCAUUUAUAAGUAAACGGGCUCCUGGAUAAGAAACAGUAGCUUGCGAUUUGUUCUAAACAAACUGCUGUUUUCUGUCGCUUUCGCCUGUAAUCAUUGUCGUCUUAGUCGUCAGUCCAUCCGCUUUCAUACAGUGUUAGAAGAUAAAUAAACAAGAGGCCAAACAAA